CAUGGUUGGAGAUCACAUGGAGAUUGAGGUCAUUGAGCUCCAAGCUCAGGAGCAAAAGCUCGUGCUUGAUCGACUCGUUACCUCCGUCGAUGACGACCCCAAGCGAUUCUUCCAACGCAUGAGAAGCCGAUUUGACGCAGUAGAUUUGGAGUUUCCAAAGAUUGAGGUUCGAUUUCAGAAUUUUACAGUUGAAUCAUUCGUCCACGUUGGAAGCAGAGCACUGCCAACAAUUCCCAAUUAUGUUACUAACAUGGCUGAGGCAUUUUUAAGGCAGUUGCGUCUAUACCGGGGACAGAGAAGCAAGUUGACAAUUUUAGACGGUAUUAGUGGGUUAAUUAGACCAUCAAGGUGAAUUUUGAAAGACAUGAGUUAGUGGGAGAGUGGUCUUAUUUUGUAGGCAAAGUUUUAAGUAGAGUUAAAGAUGUAUUUU